UAAUGUAAUAAAUGGAGUCCGAGAACGCUGCUAAACCUUCUGGAGUCCAAACUAUUUUGGACCAACUAGGGUUCGGCUGGUAUCAGGUUCGUGUAAUUGUAAUUAUCGGUAUGGCUCAAGCUACAGACACUAUGGAAACUUUAAUUCAAGCAAUUCUUGGACCAACGUUACGCUGUGAAUGGAAUAUGAGUUCGGAUUAUGUAGCACUUCUUACUACACUAGUGUUUUUGGGUAUAUGCAUAGGUUCGCCGCCUAUUGGAUAUCUCUCAGAUAGGCUUGGAAGGAAAGAUCUUAAUAUCUUAUGUUGUCUUGCACUUAUUCACAUGACGUGGUUGUGUGCUAUUUCACCUACUUACGGCUGGCUUGCAGCUUUACGUUUCAUAUCAGGCUUGUAUAUUGGUGGCCUAUUGACUGCUAGUUGCUCAAUGAUAUCAGAAGUACUUCCAGAGAGCUUCCAACCUACUGGUCAACUGCUUGUUUGCUUUUUUGAUUCGUUCAUUGCCCUAUACGUAACCGGUGUUGGUCUGGGUUGUUCAGUAUCAAAACUUAGUUGGAGAUUUUUUAUACUUUUCACAACAGCACCACUUAUAUUGUGUGCACUUGGUCUGGCUUACUGUAUUCAAGAAUCACCGAUUCUUUUGGCGCAAUGGGGAAAUUAUGAAGAAUCUGCUAAAGUCCUAAACGAAAUGGCAAAAUGUAAUGAUCGUUUUCCUAAAAUUAUGGAUAAGGAAAAUACAUGUUCAGCGAAACCUUACACAUUAGCUGAUUAUUUAUCAAUCAGUGAUGAAAAACAAAACCAUGCGAAUACCACACCCACAUUUAAAAAUAUUAUGAAAUUUAUUUACAAUAAUUAUGCACUUGCGACUCCUCUAUUGAUCGCUGUCAAUUUUAUCUGGGGAAUGAUUAUAUAUGGUGCCACAACAUUACUGCCAGUUGAGCUACCAUCGUCACCAAGAACAUGUUUACAAUCCAUUUAUAAAGGUUUAACAGAUGUUCCACAUGAAAUCUAUGAAAAUUCUGGUAUACACAAUGAAGAUUGUUGUGUUCCAUUGUUAAAAGAAGGUUAUAUUUCUUUAUUAUCAUCUAUGAUAGGAAGUAUACUCAGCUUUCCAAUAGCAUUAAUUCUAAUUACAACUAUUGGACGAAAAUGGACAAUCAAUAUUUGUUUCUUUUUAACUGCUCUUCUAAUAUUUAUUGAAGCUUUUUGUAUGCCGCCAAAUAUAUUACGUUUCUUCUUUUUUGCAACACGAGCUGUAGCAUCCGCUGGUAAUAAUGCAACUGCAAUUUACAUUACAGGUUUAUAUGUACCACAUAUAAGAAGUUUUGUAUUUGGUGUUAUGUCAACAUGUUUUCGUAUUGGUGUAUUAACAUCACCUUAUUUAGGACAAGUAUUUUUACAAAGUGUAUCUGCUUUAGGUGCCGUUUUAAUAUUUUCAGCUAUUGGACUGAUUGGAUUUAUAUUCAGUAUAUUUUUACCACAUGCUGGAGAUAAGCAUUUCACUUCAGCAGGUUUAAGUAAAGGUGUAUUUCGUAACAUUUUUAAACGUAUCAAAUUGAUCAGAACUAAACACAACAAUGAUGGAAUGGAAUCUGUAAUAAAUCCAGCUUAUAAAGAUGAAGACAAUACAGUACGAACAAAAGAUGAAGAGGGGAAACGAAAAGAAAACAAUGCACCAGCCAUCUUACCAAUUGGAUCAAUUUCAAACACAACCGGUAUUGAAGAAGUUACUAUUGUAUCAAAUGAAAUAUCAGUGGUUGUACCAGUAACUCCGUGUAACACAGUCUAAUAAAUAACACUUAUUCUAUGUAUGCAUUUACCGA